GCAAACCGUCGACAAACAUCUCGAAUUUAAAGCUAGGGUACCCCCUUACCUCAGACAGUCGAAAAAAAUAUCAAACCGUUGAUUGAUUCACAUUUCCGAGACUCAUUGUCACAUUCUUCACAUUUUAAUGCAUGUAUCUUGGGUUUUACGCAAUAUAAAUCACCCAUAAAAAUCAUCUGAUGGUUGUUUUUGGUCCUACCAUGGGACCGAACCUUUACGUGACCUUGCAGACGCCGGAUAACAACAAACACAACCGUUCCUUCGCUGUUUCUGAGGGUCCGAGGAGAAUUUAGCAAUUAGUAAUCGAGUAAUCCUUCAUCGAAUGUGAAAUAAAUCACUUCUACAACUUGUAAUCAGUAUUAAUCAUGGAUAGUAGCGGAAUGGAUGUGAUGACUGAACUUCGGGCUCACUGGUGCGACGACUUGGAGGAGUUGCUGGAGUGCCCUGUGUGCCUGGAUUUACUCAAAGGAAAAGUUUUUCAAUGCAUUCAGGGACAUGAUGUAUGUCAAUACUGCAAAAAGUCACUGGACAUGUGUCCAGUGUGCAAAUCAGCAUUCAGCGAGAGUCGUAAUUGGACUGUCGAGAAAAUUGUUGCAAAGUUCGAGGAAAUAAAGCUUUCACUAAUGGAACCCGAUCACGAUAUCAACAAAUCUGUUAUCCGUUUGAAGAAGUCAGUGGCGACCCAAACAACAGAGUCGGGUGGAGGGGCUAUUAUUCGUCGCAGUUCAAGAAUAGCUGGUCGUGAAAAGAUGAACACUAAAACCACAACAGGUGGAAAGAAAUGAAAAAUAACGAGAACGAAAAGGGGGAGAGAAAGGAGAAUUGUUGCAUAUUUGUUUGCGUUAUAUGAGUGUCAUUAUUUCCAUUAUCUUCAUUAUUCUAAUAACCUUAAUGAGUAAAGGAUGGGAGGACAACAGAAGAUUUUUUUUGUGUUGAUAACGUAGAGAAAGUGGGUGCUGUAUUAAACAACUAAAACGUAAUGAGUCGAUAUCUUAAUCUAACAAAUAUAAAAUAUUAUCUGCGGAAUGAAGUGAUUCCCGGACGAAAUGUAAUGAGAAAUGUUUAAUAGAGAAUUUAUUCAUUUAUGAAGGAGAUCUAACAUUUUCUUCUGAAAUGCCAUGUCUCUAGGAUAAUUGCAUUGGUGAUAAAUUGCGUGCUACUAAUUUAUAGCAAUAAUCAAUGAUAAUUAUUGCCGGCCUGUAAUUAUCAUAAUCACGGAAUCAUUUGCAGUGAAGUUAUGAAUGCGGAUUGGAGACUAGUGUGAGAAUUAAAAAAAAAUUGAUUAGCAAAUAUCUCUUUAACUGUUAUAAUAAUUUUUAAAAAACUCUAGGAACACUUUUUGUAACUCAUGUAACAUAUAAAUUUCAAUUACUCAUUACGUUA